GAGUUCCGUUUUCUUCUCAGGCGUUGUUUUGACCUUUUUUUUCCCCAUAUAUCUCUCUCAUAAUUAAUCAUCACUCCUCAACGCCAUUACUACACUAACCUGCAUCUUAAAUCCUCAUUAAUUCCUUAGAAUCCAAUUCCCCGUUGUCAAAAAAGCUAACUUUCCUAUCAUCCCGUCACUUCUGCCCACUCUUUUCUCACUUUUUAUUUUUCUGGGUUUUUUCUGAGGUCACUGAAAAAAUAGAUAGAAAUCCUUAGGUGGGGUGAUAAAGAAAGAAAAACUCAGAGAAAAGUUAAAGCAAGAAGAAUAAGAAUAAAAGCAGAAAAUAGUGGGUUCUGCUUGUGGGAAUUGUUCUUUUCUGUGGGGUUUUUGUGGAGUGAAUAUAUAAAGAUUUGAACUUUGGUGAUGGCACAGUUGGGGGAAGACGAGAUUUUGAAGAGUACAGGUGGUGGUGGUAGUGAGGGAGGAGAGAAAGUAGUUUUGAUGGAGAAUAAAGAAGAGGGUCAUCAUCCUUAUGCUUUUCAUGUCUCUGGACCUAGAAAUGUUUCUUCACCAAACUGGAGGGACCUCAUCAGUUCCAGUUGGAAAGAUGGUAAUUACAAGAGAACAGUCAUUGCCUGCUUUAUACAAGCUGUGUACUUGCUUGAACUUGAUAGACAGGAAAAGAGGACCCCAGAAAAUGCUCUUGCUCCAAAAUGGUGGAUACCCUUUAAGUACAAGCUGGUCCAGACCUUAGUAGAUGAAAGAGAUGGAUCCAUAUAUGGUGGAAUACUUGAAUGGGAUCGAUCUGCUGCUUUGGCUGAUUUUGUACUCAUGAGACCUAGUGGUGCUCCAAGAGCUGUUCUAGCACUGAGAGGAACACUUCUGAAAAGUCCAACAAUUAGACGGGAUAUUGAGGACGAUCUCCGUUUCCUAGCUUGGGAAAGUUUAAAAGGAUCUGUUAGAUUCCAUGGAGCUAUGAAGGCAUUAAAAUCUGUUGCUGAGAAAUAUGGAAGUAGCAGCAUAUGUAUUGCAGGUCAUUCCUUAGGUGCUGGUUUUGCACUUCAAGUGGGAAAAGCAUUAGCUAAAGAAGGAAUAUACGUGGAAGCUCAUCUGUUUAAUCCACCAUCAGUUUCAUUAGCUAUGAGCUUUAGAAACAUUGGGGAAAAAGCUGGAUUUGUUUGGAAGAGGGUAAAGUCGAUGCUUCCUUUAAACAGUGAAAAUCAAGGCAGCACUGAUCCAGCUGCAACCUCGAUAAUCGCAGGAAUGAAGCAAUGGGUGCCACAUUUGUAUGUCAAUAACAGUGACUACAUUUGUUGCUAUUAUACUGACCCAGAUGGAGCAGAAAACAGCCAGACUGAAAAGGAAAACACCAGGCCUUGCAGUGGAAAUUUUGCUGCCAAACUUUUUGUGAUGUCAAAGGGCAACCAAAAGUUUCUUGAGGCACAUGGAUUGGAGCAGUGGUGGUCUGAUGACUUGGAAAUGCAAAUGGCUGUCCAGCAUAGCAAGCUGAUAAGUAGACAGCUGAAAUCGUUAUACAGCGGCCCUCCUCAACAAACACAAGGCAAGCUUCAGUAAUGGCAGAGCAGCUGGCUGCUAUAGAUGUGUUGCUUAAUAACUCAUUUUCAAACCAUUAUUCCUUUCCUCCAUAUACAUUUGAUUGGGUGUUGGUAGGAAAGAUCUACCAAAUUCGCUUUCAUCCUGAGAUUGCUUCAAUCUUUUUCUGUCAUUUAAUACAUGCUCCAUAGAGAAACAACCACAGAUCAUUGAUUGCCACCUUUAGUUUUCAUGUUUCAAUUACAUUGUUAUAUUGCAAGUGUAAAAGAAGAGUUCAAGCUUUUAUUUUCAGCUAAUGACGCCAAUGACAGAUCAAGCUUUCCUUCAAUAAGCUUUCAGUCAUUAUAAUGGAGUAUUAUUAGAGGAAAAUGUGCUUGUUAUA